AUGAUAAUCUUCUGUGACAGUCAGGCUACGAUUCAGGCAAUCAAUGGUGCUCAAAAGACAGGCCAACAGAUCUUAGGAAGCAUUGCGGAAAAAUGGGACGAGCUCAGGAGCCAGGGUGUCCAGGUAACUAUCCACUGGAUCCUGGCCCACCAGGGAAUUAAGGGUAAUGAGCGAGCGGACAUAGCAGCAAAGGAGGCAACUAGAUGGAGAUUGGCCUCUAUCAUCUAUCCUAACACAGAUGCGGACAGGUUCAAGGAGGAGCGUAACGCGUGGAAGAAUGAGGGGACAUGGUCGUCCGAUGCAAGGAAGAUUCUCUCUAAGGGAAAAUACACUGUUAGGGCAGCAAAAUUCAUGUUGAAAACCAAGCUCCUUGGGCAAUUUGGGAGCAUAGAUUUAGACAUCUAG